AUGGAGGCUGCCGACUAUGACCAGGAGCGCAAGGCCCGUAAGCGGGCACAGAACCGGCUGAAUCAGAGAGCGCGGAGGGACCGCUUGAGGAGAGAGAAUGAGGAUAGGAAUGGGCCGGGCAAACGCCCUUAUCGAGUUGACCGCUGGAGGAUCGGUAUCGACGCAAAAAAUGAAGAAGAACCCAAGACUGCUUCGACCAAGAAUAUAGCGCCAUCCAGGCAAGAAGAAGAAGAGUCGCCAUCACAGCAGCUUACCAUAGUGAACCGAUCUAACUACAACAGCGGCGUAGUCAUCUCUGUUGACCAUCGUCUUCUUCAUCUCAUCAGCUACAAUGUUUGCCGAGGCAUGAUGACCAACAAGAAAAUGCUGAGACUGUUUGCCGAGUUUAUCAUAGCAUUCGACUUCCCAACACUAGAGCCUCAAUCAAAGACAUACUGCGACAUCGCCGUCAUCCGAUCCAUUGAUCGAGAACAUCUACCACUACCAACUCGCCUUGAGCCAACUCAGAUCCAGAUGACCUCGCCACAUCCUUGCUGGAUCGACAUCCUCCCGUUUCCAGAGCUCAGAGACAAUCUCAUUCGGAAGCAACUCAUAUAUGAUCACAUACAGUUUCUGGAGGAUUUGGUCGGUGAUUACGUGUACAUUUUACCUCCUGCGGUGCCGUCAACAAGGUGCAUUGUCCCGCCAUACAAAAAGUUAGAAGGAGGAAACGAACCAAAAGAAAAUGCUGGAAUGAUCUUAUGGGGCGAGCCGCAUCUCAGCGAGAGCUGGGAAGUUACUCCAAGCUUCCUAGCAAAAUGGUCAUGGUUGAUUGGAGAGUGCAAGGAUCUGGUUCAAGUUUCGAACACUUGGAGACAAAGUCGAGGGGACCAACCACUGAGAUCUGUCCGUGUCUCCUAA